AUGGAAGACAGAAAUCAAUCCAGAAUCUCAGAGUUCAUCCUCCUGGGCCUUUCAGACCAGCCAGAGCAGCAGAGGCUCCUGUUCUUCUUCUUCCUCCUUAUGUACCUGAUCUCAGGGCUGGGAAACCUGCUCAUCAUGCUGGCUAUUAGCUAUGACACCCACCUCCACACCCCCAUGUACUUCUUCCUCAGUAACUUGUCCUUGGUCGACAUCUGCUUCACCUCCACCACCAUUCCCACGAUGCUGAAUAAUUACAUAUCCCAAAACAGAACAAUCUCUUAUGCUGGGUGCCUGACGCAAGUAUUCUUCUUCAUUUGGUUUGGGGGGAUGGAUAGUGUCCUCCUCACCACCAUGGCUUAUGACCGCUAUGUGGCUAUUUGUGACCCACUCCGCUAUGGCACAGUCAUGACUCCAAAGGUCUGUGCCCUUCUAGUAGGAGUGUCUUGGUUUUGGUCCUAUAAUAAUGCCCUGACACACACCGUCUUGCUGGCUCGACUCUCAUUCUGUGACCAUAAUGAAAUCCCUCUUUUUUUCUGUGACCUCCGUCCCCUGCUGAAGUUGGCCUGCUCAGACACCUUCAUCAAUAACUUGAUAAUCUACACAAUGGGAACGUUGACAAUAAUUCUUUCCUUCACUGGAAUACUGAUCUCCUACAUUCACAUUUUCAUGACUGUACUGAAGAUCUCAUCUGUGAGGGGGAAACAGAAAGUUUUCUCCAACUGUGGAUCCCACCUCACUGUGGUCUGUCUCUUCUAUGGGACAGUCAUUGCAGUGUACUUUAAUCCAACAUCCAGCCACAUAGCACAACAGGACACAGCAUCAGCCAUGAUGUACACUCUGGUCACCCCCAUGCUGAACCCUUUCAUUUACAGCCUAAGGAACAAGGACAUAAAGGGAGCCUUGAGGACGCUCAUCACUAAGAAACCAGGAUUCACUCUAUGA